AUGGUUUUAGGAGAGGUAGCAGGCUUAGUAGCAGCUAUGAGCUAUUCAAUAUAAUCACAUUUAGUUUCUUCAAUAGUCACCAAAUCGUCUCCUAUGUUAGUAUGUUUAAUUAGAAAUACCAUCUCAAUGAUUCUAUCAUUUUUAGUUAUGCUAAUAUUCAGCUAAAAUGUUUUUCCUGAUGCAGAUCUUAAAUUAUAUGGAUAUUUAAUUAUUUCUGGUAUUUCAGGAGUUACACUUGCAGAUGCCUUGUAUCUUUACACUUUAUACUACUUAGGGGCAAGAAAAGCUAUUUUAUUAGAAACUCUUGCUCCUCCGUUUACAGGUUUAAUAUCAUAUUUUUAUCUUGACUCAACUCUUUCUUUAAUAGGAUGGAUUGGAGUAUCCUUAACUAUAUAUGGAAUAUACAUAGUUGUAAAUGCAGAAUACAGUUAAAAAAAGGGAUAAAAUAAAUUAGAUUUACCAAUAUUAUAAUAAAAUUAGUAAUAUUUAGAAGAUUAAGUUAAAAAUGAAAUGGAGUUAAAUAAUUUUUAAUAAAUUUAAAGCAAUAAUAAUUGCUAAUAAAUUAAAGAAUAAUCUAUAAACUCUAAAUUAUAUAUGGGUUUAAGUUUUGGAAUAGCUGCUAAUUUUUGUUAAGCAUUAGGCAUGGUUCUCUCACAUGAUGCUAUGAUUUCAGGAUAUUUUGACUCUAUUAACAGCACAUUUAUAAGAUUAGCAGCAGGAAUUUUAUGCAUCGUUAUUAUAGUGAAAAUAAAAGGCUAAAAUAUAAUUUGGCCUAUUAAAUCUUAAUAAGAUAAUCGAAUUUUUUUUAUUAGUAUCUUGAUAGGUCCAAUUAUAGGAAUUUGGUCUUAGCAAUUUUCGCUAAUAUACACUCGUCCUGAAGUAGUAUAAACACUUCUUGCAACAACCCCAGUAUUUGGUUUAUUUAUUAGUAAAUAUAAAGGAGAAGAAAUGAAAUUAGAAUACUAUAUUGGAUCUUUUAUAGCUGUAUUAGGAGUAGCUAUCAUUAUUUGGUUUUGA